AAUCUCAUCCCAGCGAACAUUAUUUCUUCGUCUACCAGGUACUUUUACCUCUGUAUCUCAGAUUUGGAUUUUCUGUCCUCAUCGGAGAAAAUUCCCGUCUCAAUAUCCCGUUAUAAAGCUUUGUUGUGACCUCCGGCCCAAAAUUUUUUUGAUUUAUCAAUUUGGACCUCAAACUGCUACAUCUAUUGCAGGCAGGGCCUUCUCCUUGUCUCUUUAGGUGCGCCACUCCUGCGCACAACGGAGGAACAGGGUGCUGCUUUGCCGGAUCCGAUCUAGGUUCUCUGUUCCGACCCGCGAGAUUUCUCUGGGUCUGAUUGCGUUCAUGCAUUAAAAUUUUCUGUUUCUUUGUUUCGAGGGAGUCAUAAGAAUGGGUAUAUUGUUUACGCGAAUGUUCUCAUCGCUCUUUGGCAACAAAGAAGCUCGGAUCCUCGUUCUCGGGCUUGACAAUGCGGGGAAAACCACGAUAUUGUAUCGUCUGCAGAUGGGUGAAGUUGUCUCCACAAUUCCAACUAUCGGGUUUAAUGUUGAGACGGUGCAGUAUAAUAAUAUCAAAUUCCAAGUCUGGGAUCUUGGUGGACAGACAAGUAUUAGGCCAUACUGGAGAUGCUAUUUUCCAAAUACCCAAGCUAUAAUCUAUGUUGUUGAUUCUAGUGACACUGACAGAUUGGCCAUUGCUAAAGAUGAAUUUCAUGCAAUCCUUGAGGAGGAAGAGUUAAGAGGUGCAGUUGCUCUAAUUUUUGCAAACAAGCAGGAUCUUCCUGGUGCACUUGAUGAUGCUGCUGUAACUGAAGCAUUGGAGCUGCAUAAAAUUAAAAACCGACAGUGGGCAAUUUUUAAAACUUCUGCAAUAAAAGGAGAAGGGCUCUUUGAGGGCUUGGACUGGUAAGCUUUGUAGAAAUGGAAUAGCAUAAAUGUUGGAACUGGUUUAAACAAUGUUCCAUUGGUGUGAUUUCUUUGGUAAGAGCUUAUGUUUUUGUAAGUGUGAAACAUGAUUAUUUGAGUGAAUAAUUAGAACUAGCAUGCUUAAAGUUUUUAAAACUUUAACAUUUUCUAUAAAUUAUUAAUAGAAAAUUUCGUACUGAACUAUAUGCUUGUUAUGUGGUUGUCUUUGCACUU